AUGAAUUUCUCCAAAGACAAUGGUAACAAUCAAAUUGUAACAAAUAAUGAAGCAUCGCAGGAGUGCAUCACUUCCUACGAACUGGAAAAGAGAGAAGAGGAGAAACUGAAAGCAAAAUAUCCGAUAUUGAGAAACUCCAACGUUAAUAACAUAAUGGUGAUGAAACGUUUGCACAAAGGGCAGAAAUAUUUUGAUUCUGGAGAUUACCAAAUGGCUAAGCAAAAAGGUCGCGACAUCUCACAACUUUUACCUAACAUAGUUACCGGUGAUAUUAUUCCAACCAUUGAGAACUUGCGAGUUCGUAAAAGCUCUAUAAUACAGGGAAAAUGUUUCGUCAAGCAGUACAAGAAACCUGAAACUCCAAGCUAA